AGUUCUCAUUUCGGGACAUCGAGGGGUGUCAGCUGUGUGUCCUGCGCAGCGAUGGGGCCCGGGGGGAUGCCGGGGGCCGGGAGGCGCUGGGCUGGGGCUGUGCUGGUGACACUGGCGGUGCUGGGACCCCACGUGGCUCGUUGCACGGAGCCCCCAGAGCACUUCCUCUUCCAGGGCAAGGCGGACUGUCUCUACACCAACGGCACCCAGCGCGUGAGGUAUCUGGAGAGGUACGUCUGGGACAGGCGGCAGGACGUUCACUUCGACAGCGACGUGGGCGUGUACGUGGCCGACACGGUGUGGGGGGAGCCUGAGACCAAGUCCUGGAACAGCCAGAAGGACGUGCUGGAGGAUGCACGGGGCGCAGUGGACACGUUCUGCCGACACAACUACGGGGUGUACGAGAACUUUAUCAGCACGCACAAAGGUGAGUUCUGCCGAUACAACUACGGGGUGUUUGAGCGAGGCCACGUGAUCGGCCGCAGCGUGAAGCCCAAGGUGAAAGUCUCCCCAACAAAAUCAGGGGCCCAGGUCCACCCAGACACACUGAUUUGCUCCGUGACGGGGUUUUAUCCUGGCGGGAUCGAGGUGAAAUGGUUGAAGAACGGGCAGGAGCAGACGGCCGGAGUGGUGUCCACGGAGCUGAUGCAGAACGGAGACUGGACCUUCCAGAUCCUGGUGAUGCUGGAAAUGACCCCCCGGAGCGGGGACGUCUACACCUGCCAGGUGGAGCACAGCAGCCUGCCGGACCCUGUCACUGUGCUCUGGGAGGCGCAGUCAGACUCGGCCAGGAGCAAGAUGCUGACAGGGGUCGGGGGCUUCGUGUUGGGACUAAUCUUCCUGGCUCUGGGACUGCUCAUCUACCUGAGGAACAAGAAAGGCCGCCCCGUUCCCCAGCCGACAGGGCUCCUCAGUUAGAUCCUGCAGCUUCGCGGCCUGCAUUGCCCAGCGUGAUUCUCCAGCCCCAUCUCCUGGCACCUGUCCCUGUAUCUGGAGCUCUUCUCACUUUCCCUCUGUCCUCACCUGGACCCCUGGGGCUGAUUCCUCAGAAUUAACCCUUUAUCUGCCUAUGCCUGAACCACAUCUGCACUCAGAAAUGCUACUGCUUUUGGGGGGACCUUCAGGGGACUCAUAUCUGAAACACGGGGAGUUGUAACAAGGCUGUUUGCAGCAGUUGUCACAGCCCUUUGGAUUGAGACUCCCGUGGGGCCCCAACUUAAGCUAAUAUGCCCAAGAAAGGACCAGUAUCACCCUCAGCCCGAGCGGUGGAAACAUGUUGUUAGGAAAGGACAGGAUGGAGGAGCCCAGCAAUACCCAGGGAACACAUGUCCUACCCUUGGGCCAGGGUGGUCCUGGGGGGUCUCUGAGCUUGUAGCCACCUCGUUGCAAUUGAGAUCUGGUAAGCCUGGCCUGGGGUCCCAGGUGUCCCGUGGGGCUGUUGGAGAGAAACAGGUGAGGGGUGAAUUGGGUGCAUUGAAACAUGUGCUGGAGCUUGUGCUAUUUAAUUGUUCCUGCUACUGCUCUGGAUCACUCCUUUGGGAUGAAAAGGAGCAGGUUUCUGUCCUGCUGGGGGCGAUGGUGUUUCUGACCAAUACAUUGUCUCACCAGUG